GUGAAGGCAAAUCGUUACAGAAGUGAUCACGCAGAUGAAGCGGGCAAACAAGCUUUGGUGUUUAAGAUGGCAUGGAUGCACCCAUUUCGCCAUUUAGGGGCUUGCCUGAGACAAGAAGAAGAAGUGACUCUGCAAAAACUACGAUUCCUUUCACGUCUGCGAGGAACACGCCAUAAACGGGCUGCAUUUUUCAGAUCUGCAACGCGGAUGUAAUGAAGUCAAGGGCACUCUACAUUACUUCGCUGGAGGCUUUUACAACGUGACGUUUCUAAGCUAUGUUGGGUGCUCAACGAAAAGCUGAAUGCCUUUUCAUAUAAGCGAGGAAUUAUACAAAUGUAUCUCGUGUGCUGCAGUUUGCACAAAGUACGAUAUGAAGACACUUAACGCAAACGCCUGAACUAAUGAGUUAAUGUCAGUGUGUCUGUGAGAAGGAAAAGGAGCCUUUUUCCAUUACGUGGAUACUGCAUUUUAUCCGGAAGGACUAGAACCUUUAGUGUUAUCACAUGAGUAAAGCAGGACUGAGAAGCGAAGACAAAGAUUAACUGAAGGCGAUAAGAUAAAAACUUUCUGAAUCGAUGCUGUGACAAGACCCAGAGACUGGAGUCCAGGUGGCACAAUGUUUUGGCAGUGAUGACUUUGGUGGCUGUUUGACACACCUUGCUUCCUCCCUCCUCCUCAAGCCCUUUCCCCUCCCUCCCUCUCUCUCCACUUGCCCCUGUAUCCCUUCCUUGAAUAUUCUUCAAAUAGUCACGCUUCCCAGGAUGCUAAUCAAAGAAUAUCGUAUCCCCAUGCCUCUGAGUGUGGAAGAGUACCGCAUUGCCCAGCUCUACAUGAUCCAGAAAAAGAGUCGUGAGGAGAGCUGUGGUGAGGGCAGUGGUGUGGAGAUCCUGGAGAACCGGCCAUAUACAGAUGGACCUGGAGGAACUGGUCAAUACACACACAAGGUCUAUCACAUAGGCAUGCACAUCCCCAGUUGGUUCCGCUCCAUCCUGCCCAAAGCAGCUCUCAGGGUGGAGGAGGAAUCCUGGAAUGCAUAUCCAUACACACGCACACGAUAUACUUGCCCAUUUGUGGAGAAGUUUUCAAUUGACAUUGAGACAUACUACAAAUCUGAUACAGGAAACCAAGCAGAUGUUUUUAAUUUGUCUCCAGUGGAGAGGAGGCAAAGAACUCUUGAUCUCAUUGACAUAGUGAAGGACCCAAUCCCACCUCAUGAGUACAAAGUGGAAGAGGACCCUCGUAUAUACCACUCCAUCAAAACCAAUCGGGGGCCUCUGAAUGAUGACUGGAUUGAAGAGUUUGUGAAAGAUCCCAGCAAGUCACCAAUCAUGUGUGCUUACAAACUCUGCAAAGUGGAGUUCCGCUACUGGGGCAUGCAGUCCAAAAUAGAGCGCUUCAUUCAUGAUGUUGGUCUUAGGAAGGUGAUGGUGCGUGCCCAUCGGCAGGCCUGGUGCUGGCAGGAUGAGUGGUAUGGUCUAACCAUGGAAGAUAUCCGGCAAUUAGAGCUGGAAACCCAGCUGGCCUUGGCCCAGAAAAUGGCACAGUAUGCUGAGGAGGCAACGGAGGCCAAUGGUGGGGCAGACUCCUUCCCUGAGAAGAGCCAGGAGGCUCAGGACACACCCAGCCCAAGCCCAGGAGAAGAGGUUACAGUGGUGGACACCCUACAGGCAAGGGGCACACUGACCAAGCAGUGGUCCACAUCAUCCAGGUCCUCCAGAUCAUCCAAAAGAGGAGUGAGUCCAUCCCGUCACAGUAUCUCAGAAUGGAGGAUGCAGAGCAUUGCUCGUGACUCAGAGGAUAACUCAGACGAAGAGUUCUUCGAUGCACAUGAGGACUUUUCAGACAGUGAGGAGAUAUUUCCUAAAGAGAUUGCCAAGUGGAAUUCUAACGAUCUCAUGGAUAAGAUUGAAGCAGGGGAUCUAGAAGAAUCUACAGAAGAUCUGUACCAAGACAUGGGAGAAUAUACAAGGACAGCCAGUCAAGAGAGGUUAAAUGAGAUGAGUGGCACAGCUAACAUCCCCAUCAUCACCAUAACCAGGCACCAUUCAGAUGGAUUUUGUCCUCAGUCUUUGCAGCCCUCCAAGAUCCAUGUCCUGAUCCUUGUUCUUCAUGGUGGAAACAUUUUGGACACAGGCUGUGGAGAACAAAGCUCCAAGCAAGGCGACGUCAACACCAUUACCACUGCAUUCGACACAGUAAUGCGUGUGCACUAUCCCUCCGCCCGGGGCCAUAUUGCUAUUCGUCUGGUGCCCUGUCCAGCCAUCUGUGCUGAAGCCUUUUCUUUAGUGUCCAAUUUGAGCCCAUACAGUUAUGAUGAGGGCUGUUUAUCCAGCAGUCAAGACCACAUUCCCCUGGCUGCUCUCCCGCUUCUCGCCACUUCCUCACCGCAGUAUCAAGAUGCUGUGGCAACUGUAAUUAGUCGAGCCAAUCAGGUCUAUUCAGACUUCCUCCGGUCCCUGGAUGGGGCUAGCUUCUCAGGGCAGGUGUGUCUGAUAGGAGACUGUGUCGGGGGCAUCCUGGGGUUUGAUGCACUCUGCAGCAGCAGUCAGACAGUAUGUGAAAGCCAAAGCAGUAGUCGGCGUGGGAGUGUGGUGAGCGUUCAGGAUCCAGAUCUCCUGUCCCCUGGUAUUAUCAUCAACUGCAGCCAUGACACGUCUUCUUCUGGGCCGCUGUCCACCCUGGAGGGUAGCCGACAGCUUAGCCGCAGUAAUAUUGACAUCCCCCACUCUGGUGGUCCUGAUGACCCUAGAAGGCAGCUUCCCCGAAAGAGGAGUGACUCCUCUACCUAUGAGAUAGAUACAAUCAAGCAGCACCAAGCCUUUCUGUCCAGUUUGCACUCCAGUGUGCUAAGAAAUGAUCCAGGCUCUCGCAGAUCCAGUAACAGUACAAUGUUGGAGGGUGGUACGUUAGGGAAGUUUGAUUUUGAAGUCGCAGACUUCUUCCUCUUUGGGUCCCCCUUGGGCUUGGUCCUUGCCCUUAGGAAGAUUGUAAUUCCUAUGCUGGAUGUGGCUCAGCUGCGUCCUGCCUGUCAGCAAGUCUACAACCUUUUUCACCCGGCUGACCCAUCUGCCUCGCGCUUGGAGCCCCUGCUAGAGAAGAAGUUCCACCUGCUCCCUCCCUUUAACGUGCCCCGCUACCAGCGCUUCCCCCUGGGGGAUGGCAACUCUGCCCUGCUCGUGGAGACAGUGCAAAUUCACCCUCAGUUGCUGCUGGAGAGUUUGCAGCGCUGUCAGGAAGUGGUCAGUGAGACAUGCAUCUCCGUGCCUGUGCUCAACUGGCCUGAGAACACGUCCAGGGCCACAUCCUCAUCUCUCGACUCGGAUGUUGUUCAGUCUCAUGGUGGUGUCUUCAUGGACAGUUCGUACCCCUCCUCCCCCAUAACCGCCCCCCAGUGUCGGGGCCCAGUGCGGCGAGCCAGUGAGGUCAGCAUUGCCAGCCAGGUCUCAGGGAUGGCAGACAGUUACACUGCCUCCAACAUAGCCAACACAAACACAAGCCAAGUUAAUAAAACAAAAAAAUCCAGCCUUUUGGCCCAACUCGCCUUGACGUCCCAAAAGUUCUUCCCAAGAAGCCCUUCUCCCAAAUCACAUAGAAAAGAAAAGAGUGUCUUCUUGCCAGCACCAGACCUAGAUCCAGAUGCUGAGGCAAGUCCAUGUUCUCCGUUGGGUUUUCAGCGAACCAACACAGCUUCCUUGGAUUUUGCCAUGUGUGAUCUGGUUUCUAUGGACUCACAGCCAGACAUUGACGAAGUUGCUGCCCGUUGGUGGGGCACCAAGCGUCUGGACUUUGCACUCUACUGCCCUGAUGCACUGACAGCCUUCCCCACUGUGGCAUUGCCCCAUCUUUUCCAUGCCUCAUACUGGGAGUCCACAGACGUUGUGUCCUUCUUGUUGAGACAGGUCAUGAGGCAUGACAGUUCCAGUAUUUUGGAGCUGGAUGGCAGAGAGGUGUCAGAGUUUACACCUUCGAAGCCACGUGAGAAAUGGCUGAGGAAGAGAACUCAUGUUAAGAUACGAAAUAUGACAGCCAAUCACAGAGUAAAUGAUGCAGUAUUCACAGAAGAUGCUCCGAAGGUUGUGACAGGGCGUUUUAUGUACGGACCACUUGAUAUGGUGACCUUGGCUGGUGAGAAGGUGGAUGUACAUAUUAUGACCCAGCCACCUUCAGGGGAAUGGGAAUAUCUUUGUACAGAGGUAACCAACAGCAGUGGCCGCAUCUCUUACACAAUUCCAGAACAAGAGGGCAAACUACUUGGUGUUGGCGUCUACCCAGUUAAGAUGGUAGUCAGAGGUGACCAUACCUUUGCUGAUAGUUAUCUGACAGUGCUCCCUCCUGGCACUGAAUUUGUGGUGUUCAGCAUAGAUGGCUCUUUCGCUGCUAGCGUGUCCAUCAUGGGUAGUGAUCCUAAAGUCCGGGCAGGUGCAGUGGAUGUGGUCAGACACUGGCAGGACCUGGGUUAUCUGAUCAUUUACGUGACAGGUCGACCAGACAUGCAGAAGCAGCGAGUGGUGGCUUGGCUGUCCCAGCACAACUUCCCUCACGGCAUUGUAUCUUUCUGCGAUGGCCUCGUCCACGACCCACUUAGACACAAGGCUAACUUCCUUAAGUCACUCAUCACUGAGGCUCACAUGAAAGCUUGUGCAGGUUAUGGUUCCACCAAAGAUAUUUCUGUAUACACCUCCAUCGGCCUGUCUCCCUCCCAUAUCUACAUUGUUGGUCGACCCUCCAAGAAGAUGCAGCAUCAGUGUCAGUUCAUAACAGACGGCUAUGCAGCCCACCUCUCUCAGCUCGAGUACACACAACGCUCUCGUCCAGCCAAAGCCAGCAGUGCACGCAUGGUUCUACGCAAGGCCAGUUUUGGCCUGGGAGCCAAUACAGAUUUCCUGCGCAAGCGCAACCACGUCCUACGCAGCAUGUCCUCACAGCCAGCACCCAGCUCACCCACCAGCAUCCACGUGAAGCCAGAGCGCACUCAGAGCCAGUCAGAUGGUGAGCGAAUGCACACGGAACGGCCAGAGCGCGGCCAGGCCCAGCGCAGUAUGAGCCUGGCAGCCGGCUGCUGGGGGCGCAGCAGCACCUCCAAGCUAGAGUCACGCCCUUUCCACCCCAAAAGCUAGAGAAGAGUGACAAAUGGGGUGCUGGAAGGAGCUGGGAAAGAAAGGAAUGGAGUGAUAAAGAUACAGAAAGUGGACAGAGAGAAUAAUAUUGGACAUUGGGCAUAACAUUUAGAAGAGAGAUGCUCAGUUUAAGGACAACAAAUAUUGAGUUUUGACCUACAUUAUAUUACUCCACUGUUUUUCAGAAUAAUCUCUAUUUGCCAUAUAUGUGUUGAGGAAGGAACAGACAAAAAAGCAGUUCUGGUUACUUUGGCUUUCCUUAAGGUUUUCUGGCAUCCAUGUCAGAGCCUGUGAAAUCUCUCACACUAUUACACUGGUAACAACUUAAUUUAAAAAUUCUGUGGAUUCAUGAAAGUAUUCUACAAAAAUAUGUUUUGCAUAAACAUUGACUGACAGAAUUAAGCAGCUUCCUAAUAGCUUCUUUUAGAAGUUUAUUCUGGGAAUAGCAUUCAGAUUACCAUCUAUUGUAACUGACCAUAUGCUAAUAGAGAUUAGAUUGAAAACUGAAAAAUGCUUAAGUAUUUUUUUUAGAAUUGCCAACAGUGACUUAUGACACAAGAGAAGUGAACCGAGCUGUCAAAGUUCAAAAGUGGCAAAUGAACAACAGUAGAACCCUAUGGUGCUACAAAAAAAAUACAUUAACUAAAUCCACCAUGAACAGAGACAGCAUUUAUGCAGUCCACUGGACUAUAAUGGUCAAAUGGACUCUCAUUUCAGCUGAGGAGUUCAAAAAUGAGGACACAUGGAGACCUGGUUACUUUCCUUAGAGUGUCUCAUAUUCACAAUGCACUGUAAAACUAUGGUCAUGUUUUUAAAAGUAUCAUUAUGUUCAGCCCCAAGAUUCAUUGCUUUGUCCCCCUACUUUGACUUCUGAACAAAUUUUUGUCUGAACAUGGUUUUAUCCACCUUCUCUACUUAAUGUGUACUGAUUUCUGUAAACUGUUCUUUAUCAAGUAUGUAAGACUGUUGACUGUGCCUGUAUGUGUGUGUGUGAGAAAGAGAAAGAGACAGGGGUAAGAAAGAAUUUUGGGAUUAAUGUUUCUUUAGAUUAGUGGUUGACUAUUUUAGCUUCAAACAAUCAGUUUUACCAUGUAAAGCUGCUGUUCUGUUGUAGAUUGUCCUGUAUGGGAGAUCAUUUGACAAUGUGAGUAAAUAUGCACAAUAAGACUCAUACUUUGACUGUAUAAUUAUGAAGUGGUAUAUGUACAUUGAUGUACAAAGUAGUCAACAUUGGUAUCAUAUCUAUCUUUUGGGCCAUAUCCAGUUAUAAGAUUAUGAUGUUUUAUGAUUAUGAUUGUUUUUAAAAAGGAUUUACUUGACAGUUUUUUGCUUCUUUGUUCAAGAGAGUAAUUUGUUUUUGCUGUUCUAUGUAGUCAAUCUAUUCCCAAUACAUAUUUAUAUGCAAUUAUUAGUGAAUACUAACAGAUUCUAUUUAUCUUUCAUCGGGUAGAGUAUUUUUGAUGUUGCUUUGAUCUUUCAUGCCAUAGAAGUGCACUAGUGUCAUCAAAGGCUUGAGCAAAUUUUUUUUCAGUUAUCACAAGCUCUUUUAGAACUUUUCCUUGGUUGCACAUGAAGCAUUGGAUGUGCUUUGAUGUUACACUAAAUAUGGUGAGAAGUUUGUAUAGUAUAACUUUGUAAGUUCAUAAAUAAUAAAAAUGGUCAAUAUUGUGUAGAUACUGUAAAAACUGUAAAUGUAUUCAGUGUUGGAUUUGGACAGAGUGAGGGUCUAUGUCAUUUUUAAAAAUAUGAUCAUAUGGAGGUUUAUGAUGCUGAAAUAAUGUAGAUGUGAAUUCAUAAAUAUUACUGUACCAAUCAAGUAUUGGACUAAUACAGAGAUUGGGAGCUGAGGGCUGGAGUCCAGCACAGUUAGGUGAUUUCCCUGUGCUAACACCCCUGUUUGUACUAAACCUGAUAAUUAACUGCUACGUUGAAUCAGGUUGAGCAAAGAAAUCACCACACUGUACAGGAAUUCAGCCGUCUAGCACUCCUAGUCUAACAGAUGGACUAAGGAAUGUUUACUGUUUUGCUCAGUAAUUACCAGAUGUGCCAAUAACUGCACAGAGACAACAACUUUGCUUGACAUCUAUUUGUAAUCUGUUUUCUUGGGAUCAGUCAAUCAAUUCAUAGUAACAACUGAUUAAAUUGAUCAAAUGCUCAUUUUCCUCACAACGAUUUAAGGUUUUAUUUAAAAAUUUACUCUGCAUUUACAGUAAUUUAGUUAUGUAAUGAGCCAAGACUGUCUUUUCUUCCCUGAGCCUUCUUUUCUUUUGCCCAAUUUCUGUGAAUAUAAAAAGUCUAUUGUAAAUAAAGCACAUCUGUUUCAGGAUCUAGUUGUGUCAGAGCAGGUAUAACUCACAGUCUUAAAACCAAAGUGCCUCUUUCCCCCAAAUUCCAUUACAUAAUUAUGUAUCUCUUGGGCACAAAGACAAAGUAUUAGUUUAUUUAAUUAUUGUCUGAUGACUUUCACGUGAUUUUUUAAAAAAUGACUGAAAUGUUCAAAAAUUACUCUAAAAAUAAAUUUUAUGUCUCAGUGACCAAUUUUCAAUACUGUGUUUUAUUGGCACAAAACAAUGCACAAGAGGGACAAGCUUCUGAUGUGUACAUGACAUUGAUGGUACAUUUGUAAAUAAAACAAGUCCACUGACAUUUGGCAUAUAUCUGAUGUUUUGUUUUGAACUAACAGUUUGCAUUUACCCUUGCAGUAUCUCAGAAUAUAAUUUGGUUCCUGGAAACAGUUUUGCUACUGAUACUCAUAUGGCUAUCUACACAAACAAUUCAGUGCAUCAUGAAAUGCGACUGCGAUUGAAUUCUAUUUGCUUAUUUUGGUACCAUGCAAAUCUGACUGUAGGUCAUGAGUGUAUUAUUAAAAAUAUGAAAUUAUAUAAGAA